UUGUCACUCUGUUGGUACUCACAGAUACACAGCGGUUUCUGAACUGGGGUUUUGGUGAGAGAACAAAAAAAAAAAAAAACAAAAAAAAAAACUUGAAGAAACAGAGAAACUUCUCUUCUAGGUCUCUUGCAUACACCACAAUGUCGGCUCUCAAAGACCAAGAUCCUCGCGUCCAUGCCAUCAAAACCAAGAUUCGAGUCGUCCCCAAUUUCCCCAAACCCGGAAUUAUGUUCCAAGAUAUUACAACUUUGUUGCUAGACCCAAAAGCCUUCAAGGACACAAUCGAUAUGUUCGUGGAGAGAUACAAAGGCAAAAACAUUUCAGUGGUUGCAGGAAUUGAGGCUCGAGGUUUCAUUUUUGGUCCUCCCAUUGCGUUGGCAAUUGGAGCAAAGUUUGUUCCCCUGAGAAAACCAAGGAAAUUGCCUGGUGAUGUUAUUUUUGAAGAGUACACUUUGGAGUAUGGAAGGGACCGUCUUGAGAUGCAUGUUGGAGCAGUAGAACAGGGUGAUCGUGCUCUGGUGGUUGAUGAUUUAAUAGCCACAGGAGGCACGCUCUGUGCUGCAAUGAGUUUAUUGGAACGUGUUGGAGCAGAAGUAGUUGAAUGUGCCUGCCUUAUUGAGUUGCCAGAUUUACAGGGUCGUGAGCGAUUGAAUGGCAAACCAUUGUAUGUACUGGUGGAGUCCCACUAAAUCCCGGCAGGACCAUAUGAUUCAUCACCUGAGAUGAUGAUACUGCAUGACAAAAAUGUACAUUAGAGGCACAUUACGGGCUACUCUCAUCUCCGGAAUCCGAUUUUAUUUACCCAAUCCCAUUCUAUCCCUUUUUUCCUGUUUCCUUCAUUAGCUGAGUCUCUAAAAAACUUGGUUGUUGGGACUCUUCAUUUUACGUAGUACUAGUCGCGUAGAGCAUUGGAUUAUGGAAAGCACUCUUGAUUUAAGAAAUGCAGUAGGACUCAUUUUUA